AUGGGGGUCGUGGCGCCCCGAACCCUCCUCCUGCUGCUCUCGGGGGCCCUGGUCCUGACCGAGACCCGGGCGGCCGGUUGGGCGGAGCGACGGAGGGCCUACCUGGAGGGCACGUGCGUGGAGUGGCUCCGCAGAUACCUGGAGAACGGGAAGGAGACGCUGCAGCGCGCAGACCCCCCAAAGAUACGUGUGACCCACCACUCCAUCUCUGACCAUGCGUCCGCACUGAGGUGCUGGGCACUGGGUUUCUAUCCUGCGGAGAUCACACUGACCUGGCAGAGAGAUGGGGAGGAACAGACCCAGGACACAGAGUUUGUGGAGACGAGGCCUGCGGGGCAUGGAACCUUCCAGAAGUGGGCAGCUGUGGUGGUGCCUUCUGGACAGGAGCAGAGAUACACAUGCCAUGUACAGCAUGAAGGGCUGCCUAAGCCCCUCACCCUGAGAUGGGAGCCGCCACCUCAGCUCAACAUGCUUAUUGUGGGAAUUGUUGCUGGCCUCGUUCUCCUUGGAGCUGUUGUUGCAGGUGUUGUGAUGUGGAGGAUGAAGAGCUCAGGUGGAAAAGGAGGGAGCUAUGCUCAGGCAGCCUGCAGCGACGGUGCCCAGGGCUCUGACAGUUCUCUCACAGCUUGUAAAGGUAAGACCCUGGAGGGCCUGAAGUUGAGGGGAGUAGGGCAGAGGGCCGUGAUUGGGUUGUGGGGAAUUUUUGAUUUGGACAUUUUGAGUGUUGUGGGCUGUUCAGAGUGUCACCACGUACAGUGAUUGACCUGAAUUUGUUUAUAAUUAUUUUCUUCUAUAGUGUGAGCCAGCUGCUUUGUGUGGAACUGAGUGAUGCAAAACUUGUUCACAGCCCCGUGUUGUGACUUCAAGACCCCUGACUUCUGUUUCUGUAAAGCCCAUCUGAAUGUGUCUGUGCUCCUGUUAGCAUAGUGUGAGGAGGUGGGGAGACCAGCCUACCCCUGCCCACCACGACCCCUUCACACUGACCUGUGUUCUCUUCCCCAGUCAUCAUUCCUGUUCCAGAGAGGUGGGGUGGGAGGUCUCCAUCUCCGACCCAACUUCAUUGUUUACUGAGCUGCAGUUUCUUACUUCCCUACUGAAAAUAAGAAUCUGGAUAUGUUUGCUUUUUCAAAUUGUUGCUGUGAGCGGUUGAUGGGUUAAUUAAAGAAGGACGAAUUUGACAGAGGAAAUAAAUGGGAACAAUGAGAACCGUC